AUGUACUGCAACCACCGCGCUGAACACGCUACGCCGCCAACACGCUCGUCGUAUCCGCUCGAUGGCUCCUCUCCAGGCCAUAAAUGGAUAAAAUCGCUCACAAACGACCGCGCGGGUCAAUUUACCGGCGGGCGCUGGUCGUCGCUCAACUUGUCGUCUGUGCUCUACACCGAGCGCAUAGAUGACAAGAAGUAUGUCGAACUCAGUGUUUGGAGCGCUCCCGGACGGUCCAAGCCCACGUUCGAAGAGGCCAUGCGCAACAAGUUUAAGCCAGCGAAGAAGGGGGACCAUUUUGGCCCGAGCUGGACGAACCACUGGUGGAAAGUCAAGCUCCAUGUCCCGACGGCGUGGACAAAGUAUGAACGCGUUCAGUUCGAGUUUGAUCCGAGCUGCGAGGCCAUGAUCUUUGACGUCCAUGGCACACCUUUGCAAGGUAUUACUGGUGGAUGGGGUGGAGAACGACGCGUCGAACAUAUCAUCCCUCCGGCUGCAGUCAAAGCUGGAAUCUAUGAGAUUGUCAUCGAGUCUUCUUGCAACGGCUUGUUCGGUGUAGGAGACUCGAUUGAGCCUCCUAACAAUAACCGAUGGUUUGGCCUCUGGACUGCAGACAUUGUCGUUCCAAAUAUGGAGGCAUGGAGACUAAUGCUCGACUAUAACACUCUCCGCCAGCUUUCCGAUAACCUGCCGGGCAAUUCGCCAACGCAGAAUCACGCACUCGUCCUCCAGAACAAGAUAAUGAACACAUUCCGCAACGAUGAUCCCUCGACGAUUGCACAAUGCCGAAAGAUUGCAGAGGAAAUUCUUGGGGAGGGAUGGGAAUCCAAAGGAGCAGAUAUUUACGACAAGAAUGUCGACGCAUUGAUUUAUGGUAUUGGAUAUUGCCACAUUGACACCGCUUGGCUUUGGCCUUAUAGCGUCACACAGCAAAAGGUUGCACGCUCGUGGACGACACAGGUAGACCUUAUGAACAGAUAUCCCGAGCAUCGUUUCACUUGUUCCAGUGCCCAGCAAUUUAAGUGGCUCGAACAGCUUUACCCGGCUGGAUUCAAGGCGGUCAAGGACAAAGUGCUGGCCGGCAAAUUUCAUCCCGUUGGAGGUGCUUGGGUGGAGCAUGAUGGAAAUAUGCCGUCUGGAGAGGCUCUCAUCCGGCAGAAUCUCCUCGGGCAACGCUAUUUCCAGUCGCGCUUUGGUGUCCGCUGCGUCACGGCAUGGCUUCCUGAUUCGUUUGGUCUCAGCGGCGCACUUCCACAGAUAUUCCGUCUCUGUGGUAUGAAGGCACGUAAUUUCUUCACCCAGAAGUUGUCAUGGAAUAACGUCAACGUCUUUCCUCAUACCACGUUCAAUUGGACCGGAAUCGAUGGGACACAAGUCCUCUGCCACAUGACGCCAGUUGACACCUACAAUGCACAAGCUACUUUCGGUGACGUUCGGCGAGGGAUUACAAACCACAAGGUACCCCCCUUUCUCGUUCCCGAUUCCGAUUUGACACGCGUUCAGAAUUUGGAAUCCUCAAACACCGCACUUUUGGUCUUUGGUAAUGGUGACGGAGGAGGAGGCCCGUUGCCGAAUAUGCUUGACAGCCUGCGCCGCAUUCGUGCUGCUGCGAAUCAAACCCCUGACGUCCCUGUGGUUCAUAUGGGCACUAGUGUGGAAGACUUCUACGCAGAUAUUGAGAGGGAUACCAAUUACGGCGAAACACUGCCGACAUGGCAUGGAGAACUCUACCUCGAGUUCCAUCGAGGCACGUACACGUCCCAUGGUUCCAUCAAGCGAGGCAACCGCAAGUCGGAAAUCUUGUUAAGAGAGGUCGAAUAUGUGGCCACUAUGGCUUCACUUCACGGCAAAGACUAUGAGUAUCCAUAUGACCGUAUCAAUGAAUGUUGGGAAAAGGUCUGCCUAAAUCAAUUCCACGACGUCCUGCCUGGAUCUGCAAUCGGCAUGGUCUACGAGGAUGCAGAGAAGCUGUACGGCGAAGUUGCUCGCGACGGCAAGCAAUUGUUCAAGGAGGCAGUCUCGGCUUAUAUGGGUAACUUGAUACCGAUCGCAUCUGUCAUGGAAGAGCAACUCGCUCUGUCAAACGGCAAACUUGUUGCAUUCAAUACAGUGCAUCAUGCCCGCCGAGAGGUCGUGGAGAUCCCUCUCAAAGGUCCGUCAGCGACACGUCUGAGGAAAGAGGUCGUACAAAUCUCCAAGGAUGGGACGCGCGCAUACGCUUUGAUGGACGGAGACGACAACGCCGGUGGAUUGCUUCAAGCCAAGGCUAUGCAAAAAGGAGAUGAUGAAUUUAUUCUGACCAACUCGAACAUUUCCAUGACUAUCAAAGGUGGUCGCAUCACAAGCUUAUACGACAUGAUCCUCCAGCGAGAGCUCCUUAUUAAGGGAAUGACGGGUGGUCUCGUUAUUUUCGAUGACAGGCCAAAUUAUUGGGAUGCUUGGGAUGUGGAGAUCUUCCAUCUUGAGACACGUGAACCUUUGUCAUUCUCAAAGGUUACUCUCGCGGAGAGCGGGCCGGUGCGAGCAGCCUUACGAGCAGAGCUCAAGUUGCCAAAAUCGACGGUCAAGGUCACAAUUUCUCUGGAUGCCACCCCGGCAACCUUCCAGCCCAACUCUCGCUCGCUGAUACGCUUUGAUGCCGAAGUUGACUGGCAUGAGCGUCACAGAUUCCUCAAAUUUGAGCUUCCGCUCAACAUUCGGGCGCACGACGCAUAUUAUGAAACGCAAUUCGGACAUGUCAGCCGUCCAACUCACAAAAACACGACAUGGGACGCGGCCAAGUUUGAAGUCUGCUGCCACAAGUACUGCGAUAUCAGCGAGUUUGGAUAUGGAGUUGCUUUCCUCAAUGACUGCAAAUAUGGCGCCUCUGCAGAUGGGCAAUUCAUGCGAUUGUCACUUCUUCGGGCUGCCACGGCACCAGAUGCGGAGCAAGACCAAGGCAAACACGAGUUUUCAUGGGCCGUGCUACCACAUGCCACGCAUUUUAUGCAGUCGGACGUCCCCAUCGCGGCUCAAUUUUUCAAUUCUCCACUCCACGUGAUGUACGCACCCGAGAGUGGGCCUUUGCGUCUGGCCCUCCCGACCGUGCACAAGUCGCCCUUCUCGGUUGAAGGAGCCCCGAACGUGGUGCUCGAGACCGUAAAAAGGGGUGAAGACGAUACAAAGAAGAAGCUCACGCGGGUAGUAUUGCGUAUAUUCGAGGCCUAUGGAGGGCACGCGUCUGCCACUCUCAGAGUCGCGAGUCACCUCUCCAUCGAUCAGACGAGCACGCACGAGGCGACUGGCGACACACUCAUCAAGCUUGACCUGCACGCGUUCCAGAUUCUGACCGUGCGGCUUACGAUAUCCAAGGUGGAAAUGCCAUCGUGA